CGGAAUACAGACACAGAUCGUUCAAUAUGAAGUGCGUCAUCUUCUCCAUGUUGCUAGCUGUGGCACUGGCGCUGCCUGCGCCUAAGCCAGAUGAUGACGACAAUAACCCGCAAAACCAGAAUCACCCUGAUAGUCGCCGCAGUCUGGUACCAUUAUUUAAUUCGCGGAGUCUUUCCAAGGCGUCAAGCGACAGGGAAGAUGAUGAUGAUGAUAACUCGACUUACGAAAAAUACGCAAGGUCUAACAGCGACCGAGAAGAUGAUGAUGACGAUAACAAUGAUGAAAGUUAUUCGCGAUCAAGCAGCAGCAAACGAUCUGAUAGCGACAGAGAAGAUGAUGAAAACUCAACAUAUGAAUCACGAUCAGACAGUAGCAACUCUAAUGCAGAAGUUAAUAUUUCAAAAAAAAAUCUAUCGUUUCAGAGAAGUUACAAGUCAAGCCAGCGCGUAGCUGAACUAUCGUCUUAUUUGGAUUACCUCAAUGAUAAAUAUGAAGGCCAGGGUGUUUUGAAAGUAGAAUACACCCCGUCAUCAAAGAAGUUCAACAAAUACACAAGAACACACAACCUAGGGUCUCUCCACUUCUCAUACCAUCCUCCGGAUAAGUCAUACCGGGCGAAGAAUUACAAGAAUUAUUUCGUCUAUUCGCCAAGCGGAAAAGUCCAAGGCAGCUACGGCUCAAGCUCGUAUAAAUCAAAGUUCCAGCCCUUCGAGUCAUAUAAAUCUGAUGAGAGCUCCUCAUCAGAAUAUGAACCCUAUUUCAAAUCGAAGAACGAUUUUAAGCCUUACUUUAGCUCUGAUUUCUCGCCCUACAAAUCUAGAAGCUUUAAGAAAUCCCUAUUCAGCAAAAGCAAUAGUCAGGACAACUUCGACGAUGACAGCAAUUAAAUAAGUAUUAAUUAGUUAAUGGACGGCGCUCAAGUAUUCACGGAUGCAGGAAUUUUAUUUAAAUAAGAAAAUAAAAUGCCAAUAAAGGCGAUGUUGCAGCAAUUA